AUGGAGAUGGAUUACUGCAACAAGCUUGUCCUGGCCCCAAUGGUUCGAGUCGGUACGUUGCCGUUUAGGAUGCUAGCUGCCGAAUAUGGGGCUGACAUCACAUACGGGGAAGAGAUUAUUGAUCACAAGCUCCUCAAAUGCUAUCGGAAAAUCAAUGAUGUGCUUGGGACUGUUGAUGUGGUUGAGAAAGGGACAGAGAGUGUUGUUUUCAGAACAUGUCCCGAAGAGAAAAGUAGGGUUGUUUUCCAGAUGGGAACAUCAGAUGCCGUGAGGGCCCUUCGUGCUGCCCAACUUGUGUGUACGGACGUGGCUGCUGUGGAUAUAAAUAUGGGUUGCCCAAAGUCUUUUUCUAUUAGUGGUGGAAUGGGUGCUGCUUUAUUGUCAAAACCAGAUCUUAUUCAUGAUAUUUUGACAACAUUGAAACGAAAUCUUGAGACACCUGUGACAUGCAAGAUCCGUCUGCUAAAGUCACCCCAAGACACCGUGGAACUAGCACGAAGAAUUGAGAAAACUGGUGUUUCUGCUCUAGCUGUCCAUGGAAGGAAAGUGGCUGAUAGGCCAAGAGAUCCAGCUAAGUGGGGUGAGAUUGCUGAUGUUGUAGCUGCACUUUCUAUCCCAGUUAUAGCAAAUGGUGAUGUAUUUGAGUAUGAGGAUUUUGAACGCAUAAAAGUAGACACAGGUGCUUCUUCUGUAAUGGUUGCCAGAGGUGCACUUUGGAAUGCUUCUAUUUUUUCUCCUAAAGGAAAAUUACCAUGGGAAGAUGUAAAAAUGGAGUACGUUAGAAAGAGCAUCUUAUGGGAUAACGAUGUCAAAAGCACCAAACACACGUUGAAGGAAAUGAUUAUGCACUAUUCUUGUCUCGAACUUCCUGAGGGAAAGGGUGUGAUUAAGUCGGACACCUUAGCUGAUCUGGCACGACUUUAUGGUGAAGAUAUCUACUAUGAGCAUGUCAUUAAAAAUCGGUCACUCUUGGGAGGAAGUAGACACACCAUUUGA